AUGUGUGGUAUUGCCUUGUCUCGUCAACCAUCUUCGGUGCGGGUCCAUCAGACACAACCAUUAUUCGUGGCUGGUCAAUGUCCUGCCCAGAGACACGUGGUCCUAAAACUACUGCGUGGUGUAGAAAUAGAUCUCGGAUGGGCUACGGAAAACCGGCCAUCCUAUGGCAUCGCAUCGUUCAGCAACAAACCAUGGCUAGAGGCAGAAAUUCUAGAUGUAACGACCCACGAAGCGGUGGCAGAUACUACCAGCGAGAUCGUGCAGGUAUGGAUCUCGGUUAUACCAACGACCACCGCAGAGCACAACCAUCCAGUGAACCCGGUACUACAAUUAGAGCAAAUGCCAGCAUUCGUGGUCUUGGCCAUCAUUUUUCAUGGCACCCAUCGACGCUCGUCAUACAUCCCGCCCCACGAGCGGAGAAGACAGCCACCAAAUCCUUUCCCACCUAGCCCACCACAUCUGUCUCACUGUGACCAAGGGUAUAAGGCCAUCAUUCGUGAGAUCUCCCGUGAAGGAUCCAUCCUACAGCAGAAGGUGGAAAGGCUUCUGGCAGGUUUGUCACGUCUGAUGCCCAACGACGAUGAGAUGGAUUUCGGAGCGGCUAACAUGCCCUAUUUCAUGCCUUUCAAGCCACGCGCAAUCACGCAAGAUGAGGCAGACAAGAAGCUCGAGGGCUGUAAGAACACCGGCUCUGGGACUACCAGCGUCGACGCGGCCAAAUUUGCCGGAAUUUACAUGCUUGCCCCGAAGUUGGAUUUUGAAGAUCUGAGUGGCUUUCUCCUAGACUAG